UGGCUAACAACCAAGGAGAUGGGGUGUCCUUGUUGACACACACUGACUGACUGACACGCGCACCGGUAACAAUCCCAGAUUCACCAAAAGCAGAAAACCAAAAUUAUAGUAUUUGGAUUUAAUUAAUUAAAGAUAAAGAGACCCUCGCACACACAUUGACACAUGCACCCCCCACCUACACUGCACAGCAUCCUCGGCCGAUCGUCCUCCAUCUUCCAUUUCCACUCCACCCACCACCAAACACCUCUCCCUCCCAAGAACACCAAGAAAGCACCAAGAUCCGAGUACCCCCAGCCCCCAGGGCUGGACUGGGACUGGAUUGGAGCGCAAGAGCAGCAGCUGCAUUUGUAGGCAGAUCGGUUUGCGGUUGGAUCAGGGAGGGAGGGAGGAGUGGCGGUGGUUGGUUGCGCAGUAGGAGUGUGGGGGUUGGGUCAAGAAGUUCUCUGCUUUCUUCUCUUGCUCACUCACCACCUGAAAGAAAGAAAGAAAGAAAUCCAUCUCCAUCUGAAUCCCCCAACUGCAUCCAUACAUCCACCCACGGAGAGAGGGGUGAUUCAGAUUGCAGUACAACCCAAGAAACCAUGAUGGAGGACUGAUCGGUGGCCGCUGCUGUUUGUUACUCACCUCGCCACCGGUCGCCAUCCAUCCUUGUCUUCGCUUUACUCCUCUGCUUUGCUUUGCUUCACUUCCCCUCCUCGCUUGUCUUAUUGCCCUUGCUGCGACAAGGGAAACCCACCACACAUCUCUCUCUCUCCAUUGUUUCUUGCUUGGUUGGUUGGUUACUGCUCGCGUUGGGGGUUCCUUCUUCUUGGAUUGCUGCUGCCGUUGUUGUUGUUGGUGUUGUAUGAUCGGUGGCAGCCCCCGCGCGCCGAGAUGACAAUGGAGCACGGCGAGGAUUGCUGCGUCAAGGUGGCCGUCCAUGCCCGCCCGCUCAUCGGCGACGAGAAGCUGCAGGGCUGCAAGGACUGCGUCACCGUCGUGCCCGGCAAGCCGCAGGUCCAGAUCGGCACCCAUUCCUUCACCUUCGACCAUGUCUACGGCAGCUCCGGCACCCCGUCGGCGGCCAUGUUCGACGAGUGCGUGGCGCCGCUGGUGGAGGGUCUCUUCCAGGGAUACAACGCCACCGUGCUCGCAUACGGCCAGACUGGGUCAGGAAAGACAUACACCAUGGGGACAUCGUGCAAGGAGGGGUCGCAUGUCGGAAUUAUCCCGCGAGCCAUGGCGGCAUUGUUCGACAAGAUUGAGGGACUGAAAAACCAAGUAGAGUUCCAGCUGCGUGUUUCAUUCAUCGAGAUCUUGAAAGAAGAGGUGAGGGAUUUGCUUGAUCCUGCCACUGUUGCUGCUGGCAAACUUGAGAAUGGAAAUGGACAUGUUGGGAAAUUGUCCAUGCCAGGGAAACCUCCGGUGCAGAUCCGAGAGGGCUCAAAUGGGGUCAUAACUCUAUCUGGAUCGACCGAAGUGCAUGUCACUACUCAGAAGGAAAUGACCACAUGCCUUGAGCAAGGUUCUCUCAGUCGUGCAACUGGAAGUACCAACAUGAACAACCAAUCAAGUCGUUCCCAUGCCAUCUUCACAAUCACAUUGGAGCAGAUGCGCAAAGCAGAUCCCAUCGUGACUUCAGAUGGAAUGCCCUUUGAAGAUAUAAACGAUGAUUACCUCUGUGCCAAGCUCCACUUGGUAGAUCUUGCGGGUUCAGAACGGGCUAAGAGAACUGGUUCUGAUGGCCUUCGGUUCAAGGAAGGUGUUCAUAUAAACAGAGGACUUCUUGCUCUUGGCAAUGUCAUAAGUGCUCUUGGAGAUGAGAAGAAGAGGAAAGAAGGUGCCCAUGUCCCUUAUCGGGACAGCAAACUCACUCGCCUUCUGCAGGACUCACUUGGUGGAAACAGCAAGACUGUAAUGAUAGCCUGUAUUAGUCCAGCAGAUAUUAAUGCUGAAGAAACACUGAACACAUUGAAAUAUGCUAACCGUGCACGUAAUAUUCAGAAUAAGCCAAUUGUCAACAGGAAUCCUAUUGCUGAUGAGAUGAAAAGGAUGCGCCAGCAGGUUGAGUACCUCCAAGCAGAGCUUGUUUUAGCUCGUGGAGGAGUUGGAUCAGAUGAUGUUCAGGGCCUCAGGGAAAGGAUCUCAUGGCUUGAACACACAAAUGAAGAUCUUUGCAGGGAACUGUAUGGCCUUCGCAAGCAUGCUCACACUGAUCCAUGUGAACCUGAACUGAACAAAACUGGAAGUGGGUAUACCAAAAGUGAAGGGCUCAAACGAAGCUUGCAAAGUACAGAGCCAUUUGAUGUCCUAAUGACUGACUCAGUAAGAGCAGGCAAUCCUAAAGAUAUUGAUGAUGAAGUUGCCAAAGAAUGGGAACACACAAUGCUACAGGAUAGCUUGGGCAAAGAAUUGAAUGAAUUAAACAAACAACUAGAGAAAAAGGAGUCCGAGAUGAAAGGGUAUGGACAUGAUACGGUUGCACUUAAGCAACACUUUGGAAAGAAACUUAUGGAGCUUGAAGAAGAGAAAAGAGCUGUACAGAAAGAAAGAGACAGAUUGUUGGCUGAAGUUGAAAGCCUAAAUUCAGAUGGACAGACACAUAAGUUGCGAGAUGCCCAACUGCAAAAACUUAAAACCUUUGAAGCACAGAUUCUAGACCUCAAGAAAAAGCAGGAGAACCAAGUUCAACUUUUGAAAGAAAAGCAGAAGAGUGAUGAAGCUGCUAAGAAACUGCAAGAAGAAAUCCAUUUUAUAAAGUCACAGAAGGUUCAACUACAACACAAAAUCAAACAAGAAGCAGAACAAUUCAGGCAAUGGAAGGCUUCCCGUGAAAAGGAACUUCUGCAGUUGCGGAAGGAGGGAAGGAGAAAUGAGUAUGAACGUCACAAACUUCAAGCACUUACUCAAAGGCAAAAAUUAGUUCUCCAGAGGAAGACUGAAGAAGCCGCCAUGGCUACCAAAAGACUGAAAGAGAUACUAGAAGCUCGGAAAUCUUCAAGCCGUGAUAGCUCAGCUGGUAUGAAUGGUACUUCCCCUGGCUCUCAUAUGAGUGAGAAAUCCUUGCAAAAAUGGCUAGAUCAAGAGUUAGAAGUCAUGGUGCAUGUCCAUGAAGUCCGAAACGAAUAUGAAAAGCAGUCUCAAUUGCGUGCGGCACUUGGGGAGGAGCUUGCCAUUUUGAAACAAGAAGAUGUCAUGUCUGGUGCAGCUAGUCCGCCAAGAGGGAAGAAUGGAAAUUCUAGGGCAAAUACCUUGUCGCCAAAUGCACGACAAGCUAGGAUUGCAUCACUUGAGAGUAUGGUGACGAUCUCUUCAAAUACUCUUGUCGCAAUGGCUUCUCAACUCUCAGAAGCUGAAGAAAGGGAGCGUGCAUUCUCGGGGCGUGGUCGUUGGAAUCAGUUGCGGUCAAUGGGAGAGGCAAAGAGUUUGCUGCAGUACAUCUUUAGUGUUGCUGCGGAUGCAAGGUGUGUAGUAAGGGAAAAGGAAAUAGAGAUCAAGGAAAUGAAGGAGCAAAUGACAGAGCUUGUGGGAAUUCUUCGACACAGCGAAUCACGUAGGAGGGAACUUGAAAAGCAGAGCAAGCAAAAAGAGCAGACAGCCCCCAUGGCGACUACACCCCCGGGCAGUGGAAAUGGCUCUGCAAAGCACUCUGCCGAUGAUUCCAGUACACCUCUAUCGCCAGUUGCGGUUCCUGCACAGAAGCAGCUGAAGUACUCCGCCGGAAUUGUAAAUAGCCCCAGCAAAGGAGGAGCUGCAUUCAACAAACAAGAACUUAAGUUGGUACCUAUUGCACAGUUACCUAUGGGCAAGAAGAUUUCAAUAUCAGGGCAAUCAGGAAAACUUUGGAGAUGGAAGAGGAGCCACCAUCAGUGGCUACUUCAGUUCAAGUGGAAGUGGCAGAAGCCCUGGAAAUUGUCAGAAAUGAUCCGCCACAGCGAUGAGACGAUCACGAGGGCUAGGCCAAGACCUCAGCUUCGUAUUGCUCAAAAACCUCAGAAAGUGAUGUGAAACAGGCUUUCUUUUUUGUUUUGGAUUCACAUGAAACUGACACGGUUUGCGGACCUACACAGCUAACAAUGCAGCUAAAGACUUGAUGAGAUCUCCUUCGCGCUUCGUUUUUACUUAGCCACGGGAUCAACAAGUAUAUGUUCUUCAUAGGGUGACUGUACGUCUUUGGGUGUAAAUUACCUGUGCCUAUAAAGUGAGAUGUGAAUGUAGAGAUGGGUGAAAUUAGUGAGUGAGUGAGUGGCCAUUCUUCUUGGAAGAAGUGAGCACAAUGUUUCAUGUUUUCAGCCUUCCUUCAUCGACUGGUGAGAUGUCAACAGUUGGUGCUCUUCUACAUAAAGAUUUGCAAGAAGGAUGAUGGAAAUUGGAUGCCUUGUGCUCUUUUUCUUAUAUUAUUUCUGUUUGUUGGUACUAAAAGUGGGAAGUGAAAUGACUGGUUUGGCUUGUUAGGAAAUUAUUGAUGUAAUACAGCAACUUGUGUCCAGAUAUUUGACCAAUUAUGUGUUGUGCA